CUUUUUUUGCGGAUUAUUUUAUUUCUCCAGGCGCGGAAGGGCGUUGCAGUGGGAGGGGAGUGAGGAGGCUAAGAUGGCGGCGCCCUGUUGAGUGCAGUUGCUUUAACGGUGGUGCCUGGAGACUGCGUUGGUGGGCGGCCCAGGGACCCUGAGAGCAGGCAGAAAGAGUGACACCUGAAAGCCCCUCCCCUCCACCUCAGCCACGCCCCCUACUCCACCAAUACCACCAUCACAACCAUCAGCAUGGCCAGGGAACAGUUCAACAUGGGUGACCUGCUCCCUCUCCUGGAGACCUCUGAUCUUCAGCAUCUGGAGGAAAUCAAAGGUCUCAUCAACGAACACCUCAGUACAGAACGAGGGUCGAUGCUCCUAAAUGGCUUGGUGGAUUAUUUCCUAGAGACCAACUCGAGUCCAGCGCUGCAUAUUCUGUGUUCAGUGAGGGAGCCACAUGACAAGCACCUUUUCGAUAAGAUGAACGAGUGCAUGGCUAAGCCGACAUGUCGUCUACCGACUCUCAACCUUCUGGGCCACGUGGUGCGCAAACAGCCGUCCUGGAUUCACAAGAUCGCCCGCUACCCUCUGCUGCUCUCGCUGCUCAAGUGUCUCAAGACGGACACAGACGUUGUGGUUCUUAUAACCGGAGUGCUGGUGCUUGUCACCCUGUUACCCAUGAUCCCUCAGGCAGGGAAGCAGCAUCUGUAUGAGUUUUUUGAUGUUUUUGGACGCCUGGCUGCCUGGAACCUGCGGAACCCAGGCCACGUUUCUGAGGUGUUCCUGAUCCACCUGCACGCCAGCGUCUAUUCACUCUUCCACCGCCUGUAUGGCAUGUACCCCUGCAACUUCAUCUCGUACCUGCGCUCUCAUUGCAGCAUGAAGGAGAACAUGGACACGUUUGAGGAGGUGGUUAAGCCGAUGCUGGAACACGUUCGUAUACACCCUGAAUUAGUGACUGGAACUAAGGACCAUGAGCUGGACCCAACUCGAUGGAAAAGGUUUGAGAUCCAUGAUAUUGUGAUUGAAUGUGCCAAAGUGUCUCUGGACCCUCGGGAGGCAUCCUGUGAAGAGGGCUAUGCCACCCUACCUGAGCACUUCUGUGCCAACCUGCACAUGCGUGCCUCUGAUUGCACUGCCAGUCCCUACACUGACCUGCACAGCAGUUAUGGAAGCUCAUCCUCCAAUCAUUUUUCCACCCCGCGGCAGUCUGGCCUUCCUCCUCUUUCUAUGUCCUCUCUCCCAGGGACACAUCUGGCUCAUCGCAGUCCCCCCAGCACCCACCGGCCGAGCUCUACAUGUGAAUUCAACUUCAUCCAUGGCAUUAAAGACGCUCUCUGGAGCCCUUCUUCCUUCUGUGGGAUGGCCACUCCACCUUCUUCAAGAGGAAUGUCACCAAACCCUGAGCUUUCCCAGAGUGCCAUUCACUUAUCUGGUCGCUCUUACAGCACACCGGGAGGUGGUAAAGGCACUCCGUGUUCCAGCACUCCAGCAGCAUCGUCUCCUCCUCCCGGCGUUUCAGACGAUCUACCUUCUUCCUCUAUGACCCACAGUACACCUAACCUGCAGUGGAAGGAUGGUAGACUUAUAGACCCCACCAAACCUCCCCUCCUGAGACAGGAGCAAAUCAGAGACCUUGAGAAGUCAGGAAGUGAGGUUCCCAAUCACAGAGAUGGUGCGGCUAAGAACACGUCCAUGACCCUGACCGAGUUAUCCGACUACAUGAAGGAGCAGGAUCAGCUGCGGCUGGGCAAAGAGAGGGAGGAGGCUGCCAUCACAGAGGAGCUGAUGAAGCUGACUGAGGAGAAGCGCGAAGCAUCUGGAGCACGUGGCUUUGACUCGCCCUUUUUCCGCACCACAGAGACUCUCACAGGUGCACAAGAGAAGCCCCCAACAGCUUUACCUCACCUCCGUGACCCCCACCAUGCCGUCUCCACACCCGAUAAGAUCGACAUGCGGAUCUGGUGCAAAGGCCCAGGCAGCCGUACAGCGUCUCAGGAGCAACCGUGGUCCUUCCAGCCGCUCUUCACCCCAAUAGAACCGCGGCACCACAUCCCCAGCGCAGAGGAUGAGGCUCUGAAAUCUACACCCAUUUCGCCCAGCCCGGGAACAGCACCGUCAUCGCUGCCUUAUGAGGCACUCUUUGACCUGGCUCUCCCUCGUGCCGCUUCCCUGUUCAUGAGCCGUAGGAGCUCAGAGGCGCUGGAGAGAGCUGCGAUGCAAGGCACGGUGGGAGUGGUGGACGAAGGCCAUGGAGUAACGUCAGCAUCUCCUCUAGAGGUGCUUGAUCGUCUGGUGCAGCAAGGCAAUGAUGCUCAUGACAGGGUGCUGAAGAGGUUGCCCCUGCCAAGCAAGUCAGCUGACUGGACUCACUUCGGAGGUAAACAACAUAAUGGCUCAGCACCUCUGGAUGAACUGCAGACAUUGCGCAGUCAACUACUGUUGCUGCAUAACCAGCUGCUGUAUGAGCGUUAUAAGCGUGAGCAGCACGCUGUGCGAAACCGCCGCCUGCUGCGCAGAAUCAUUAACGCCACCGCAUUAGAGGAACAGAAUAACGCAAUGAAGGACCAGCUAAACCUUCAGUGUGUAGAUAUCAUGUCUCUGCGUGAGAGCCUUCACAUGGAACAGCAGCGCUACAGGCAGCUAAGGGACGAAAGGGAGACUACGGUCGCAUGCCUGCACAGUCAGAUCCGCCAACUUCAACACGAUCACGAUGACUACUACACCAAAUACCAGGAGUUACAGAGUGAGAUGCAAGAGUGCCAGAAGAGGAUGGGUGAGAUGGAGGCUGAGCUUCAGAAGGCGAAUAACAAGGUGUGCCAUACAGGGCACCAGCUGAAUCAGCUCACCGCCAAGUUGUCCUCGAGUGAGAGCACACAGCAGCAGUUGAGCUUCAUGAGCAGACAGUUGCUGCUGUUGGGGGAAGCCCAUAAACUGUGUGUGCAAGAGCAACAACAAGCAGGCCCAGACCUCAGCAAGGAAGUGCAGAUGGUGCAGGUGUCCUCGACGAAGGAGGUGGAGCGGUUGAAGCAGAACCUGAUGCUGCAGGGUCAGAAGCUGGAUGCCGCACAACAUCGGGUAGCUGAGCUGGAGACGCAACUGUCCAAGAAAGAGCACCUCAUCGCAGAGCAGAAGAAGUUCCUGGAGGAUGUCAAGGGACAGGCUAAGGAGGAGUUAAAGGCUUCUGAAAGUAGGUACCAAGCUCAGAGGCGUGUGACUCAGGCCUUGCAGAUGGAGCUGUUGCAGCUCUACAGCAGGCUGGAGAUGGAGGCUCCUGCUACCACCGCUGUAGCUUCAUCAGCAGGGGAUGCAACAGAGCGCUGCUGUCUCACGCAUACCAGUGUGGCGGUGGCAUCAGAUGGACCAAUGAAAACAGUCUCUAAAGAAUGCAGCAAGUCAUCACCACACAGGAACGGCUUCUCGUCAGGUCAAGCCAAAGCCGGCGUCCCCGACCCCAAGUCUAAACCCUUAAACGGCAGCCGAGCCACACCCCCACCCAUGCUAGUAGAACCGCCCCCUGCUUGCCCUGCCGUGCCCACCUCCACCCCCUCCCUCACCGUCGGCUCCUAUCCCAGUGCCAAGAGCUUCCUGGGCAUGCGGGCAAGGGAACUUUUCCGCAACAAGAGCGAGAGCCAGUGCGAUGAAGAUUACGCUCCUCGUCCACAGCUCACCGGCCUAUCACAAGGCCUGAAGACUGAUCUCUGUCUGGAGCCUUCACUAAAGACUGCAGUAAAGACAGGUCCCACCUCCUCCAUACACGGACACGCCUCCAGCAUGGCUGCUAAAGAGCCUGACAUCUUACGGAGAGCACCAAGACGGGAAGCAGGAUGGCCGAGACAACCACAGCUACAUAUCAUGGACUAUAACGAAACUCAUCAGGAGCACAGCUAGAGAGAGAUAAGCAAGUCGCUAGUAGAUGAAGGAAGCUACAAGCUGACAUGAGAUUACGCAAGUUCUCUUUUUAUUUCAGUGUUCAUCCCAUUCCUUCAAGCGGACAACAGGAUUUUGGAACUUUCAGCUUGUCUUUCUUGUCUUGUCUCCAAACCGAAUCGGGACUCAAACUCAAGUGUCUUCCUGUUUCAAGAAAAAAAACCCCGUCUUUUAUUUUCUCCCUCGUUAUAUUACCUUGCCUAAAAUUAACAGUAUCAUCCAGUGGGUAAUGAGUGCCUCCACCUGGGACGGUGUGAGAAGAAUACGAUUGGUUACCAGGACCAACAGAGCGUUCUUGACCUUUUAAAGAACUUCCCCUGAAACCAGCUGAUUUUUUUUUUUUUUAAACAUGCUGAAAUUACGCAUGUGUAAACGAAGGACAGAACUACAUUUUAAUUAUUAUUUUUUUUUUAUAUUUACCAGAGUUUUAAAAUUAUUUAUUUUUUCCUCCGUGAUGUCCCACCAUUUGCAGAUUGUCUUCUGAUAAUCGAGAAGUACCAACAUCCACGAAAAGCAAGAAACAAAGCCUGCAACUUUAAUAAGUAAAAGCAAUGCCAGUUCAGCCAAGACCACCUCUCUCUCUCUCUCUCUCUCUCUCUCUCUCUCUCUCUCUCUCUCUCUCUCUCUCUCUCUCUCUCUCUCUCUCUCUCUCUCUCUCUCUUAGCAAGUUAAAUCUUUUAGUUUUCUUUUCCAGUGUGCACUCACUACACAGGGUAACACUGUGCACAAAAGGAAGCUAUUUGAGAUUCUGCCCUUAAAAAUAUGACUCCUUGCAUCAUCUGUAAACGUUUACGCUUUUUUAAAAAAAAAAAAAAAAUUAAAACGAGAUUAAAGUUUUGGCACCCUCUGCUUUUUCUGGGUUGCCUUUUGCCAUUAGGACAAACUUGGCUGUAUCUCAUGCUCAGUUUUGAGGAAGACAAUUGACAAUGCAACACAUUUCAUUAACAACUAAGUUUUUUAAUUAUUAUUUUACAUUUUAUCUUAAACGGUACCCGGCACUAGUCAUCCGAGUCAGCAGAAUAGUAAACUCCUCGUACUCUCACGGUUAUAUCGUGUGCACUAAAAAACGCAUACAUAUUUAGUAAAUAAAUCUAGUCUAGGAUUUGGUCUAUCUUGUGGAAAACCAUAACACUCCAGUAGCAUUACGGUUCAGUUAGGUCUCAUGUUUUAUUGCAGUUUUCAAAGUAAAAAUAUCAGCUCACUCGUAUAUAGUUUUCAAAAUGCACACAAUUUCUAUUACAUUAUUGAGAGUUGCUAAGAAAGUGCCAGGAAAACUAGUAGUGCCAUUAAAAAAAAUUUUGAAGGUCUGCAAAAAUCUGAAGAAAAGAAAACAAUCUGAAUAUUAAGAGAAAAGAAUUAAAAAAAAAACAAAAAACAAAAGCCAAAUGUAAUUUAUCCCAGGAUGAAUAUCAUGUAUCAGAAAUCAUUCUCUUAGAUUUCAAAUAAUUUUAGCCAAAACAAAUCCACGCUUUCGCAAAUAUGAACGAUGCUUUACUCCGUACUGCUCCCUUUUUAUGUUUCCUGUAGUUUUGUCUCAACAAAUCCCGAUUUUCAGUCAUUUAUUACUCCAUGCCGGUAUUUUAUUGCACUACAAAAUGUAUUUAUUUAUUUUUUCAUUUGUAAAUUCAGACUGAAGACGCACAAGACAGUCUCGAUUAGCCACGUGCCAAGUAAGGAAUAAAACACUUGGGGUUAUUGAUGUUGGAAAAAUAAUACUUAUGACACAACAUCCCAACCUUUUUAUUCCUUUUAUACCACAUUUGCCAACAAUCGAGUUUUUUUUUUCCCCAACGUCCACAGAACAAGUUAGUUCCUAUUCUCACUUACGUUAAUAAGGGUCGGAAAAGUCACGAUAUAACAAGCAGCUCAGCAGAUCCUCAGUCCUGAAGACUUUACUGUGAUGGAAACUGUUACUGAUACCGGAGAUUCCUUUCAUCUACUUAUUUCCAUCAUUUUUUUUAAUUUUUUUUUCUUGUUUGUUUACUUGGUUUCUCUUUCAUAAAAUUUUUUUUUUAAAUUGUUUAAUUAUUUCUUGCCUCUUUUUACCCUUUUUUCCACAUUUAUACCUUCUUUCUUUCCGACAUGCCUCGUUUUUUUUUUCUUCAUUUCAUUCUUUCACUCUUUAUUUUUUUCUUGCUUUUGCUUCUUUGCUUUUUUCUUUCUUUAAAAAUCAUUCUCUUGUCAGAGGUUUUUCUUUUAUUGUUUUUUUUUUUUUCUCCUUGCUUCUUGCCUACAAAUUAUUCUUCUCUUCUCUUCUCUUCUCUUCUCUUCUCUUCUCUUCUCUUCUCUUCUCUUCUCUUCUCUUCUCUUCUCUUCUCUUCUCUUCUCUUCUCUUCUCUUCUCUUCUCUUCUCUUCUCUUCUCUUCUCUUCUCAUCAUUCCGCUUUUCUUUUUUUAAAUUUUUUUUCCUUCCCCAUUUUUUCCUAUUAGUCCAAUUCUCUUAAUCUUUUCUUCAUUUCUUGCUUUUUUGCUUUCAUGUAAUACUUUUCUCUGUUAAUGAACACUUUAUUUUAAUCAGUUUAUUCUUCAUCUUGGAUCGUGUGGAGUGUCUUUUCUAAACCAGUUGGAACUUCAGCCAGAUUUGCUGUUACAUCAAAUGAUACAAAACCCUUUUCCACCAAAUCUUAUUUGAGAAUUCAUUCUGAGUCGUGUUAUAAUUACAAACUAUUUGAAUCACUGUGUAUCUGAUCAGGAUUAAAGCCUGAGUGAGUGAUGUGGCCUUCAGUGUUGCCCAGAAAUGCUGGAACACAGGGGCAUUGACGAUAUUUUAAGGUAUCCAUGAAAAGUGUUUUGUGUUUAUUAUCAGGACACCCCUACUUUCAAUUUCUCUCUCAUCCAGUAUGAAUGAAUCGAGAGUCUUUUCUGUGUUUCUAUUCGAAGUUUGCUAAAUCAAUAAUGGCUACAGCACAGUCACGAAGGCACGGGACAGCACACAGACGUGCUCGAACACCGGGCACCGAGUCACAUCUGUAAGUGCUGCUAUUUGCUGUAGUAAUGACAUGAUGGUGGACUUCGUGUCUCUGUUUGAACUGCAGAAAUCCUGUUGUCCUCUUGACAUCUGCUAUCAUCCCUUCUGCCUUGCUAUCUAUAGCAUGUACAACUUUAAUGCCAACAGGAAGUGACACGGUGUGAUGGACGGUACAAUCAGUGAGCUGAACAAAAUCAGGCCAAUUGGACCUUCGGUGAUGGGGGGAGGAAGUUUAUAAAGCAUUUGCUUGUGUUGACUGUGAAAGAUGGAAAUAAAAUCGUCAUGUUUUGCACUAUAA